AUGGAUUUCACAAAAUCAAGUCUACACACGCUCCCAGUAGAGAUAUUGUGUUACUUGUUCUCCUUCCUUCGUGCCCCGUCCAUCUUGAGCUGUACAUCGACGUGUCGUUACCUUCGCAAAGUCCUUGAUGACUCCUCUGCACUGCAAUAUGCGAUUGAACUCGAAGCACAAAACAUGGUGGCAGUCACUGCGCCAGACGCAAUGUCAUCUCCCGCAGAGCGCUUAGAGAUACUGAGGAACAAAAUGUGUUCCUGGCGGGCAUUUAGACCGGCUGUAGUGCAUCAAUUUACGCAGCCAGGUGGCGAGAUAUCCAUGUCCUUCGGGUGUUUGUCCACUUGGGAUGAUCAUCCCCAGAUCGCGCAAAUUCGCGCCCUGGACUCAGGUCCUUCGGAGUCUCAGUUCUAUAGGCGUUGGGAUGCAGACGGCUACCCGAUGCCAAAAGAUACUCCUUUCCGAGUCCAAAGUGUCAUCAUGGACCCAUCACAGGAUCUGUUUGCUUUUGUCGUACUCGAGCCAAACCACAUGGCGGAAAUUCCAAGCCGGAUUUACUUGGAGACCAUUAGCACGAGCGAGCCGCACCCUUUAGCAGCCAGUGAGAUCCUGACCUCCUUCAAGCCACACAUCUCAGCAAAUUGUCACCAUGAUCUGACAAAAAUACAGCUCAAAAUCUGGGGGAACCGCAUAGCGCUCUUGACCCUCUGCGAUGAACUUUCUCCUUGUCCUACAAGAAUGCAAAUUUGGAACUGGCAAGAGAAACAGGACUUCAAGGUACAGCAAAUACAUAUCCAGGGAACAUUCCUCCGGCACUCUCAAUUUGUAACCAUCAACCCAGAUGUACAAAGCUCCGUAGCUACUCAAGACACACGUUUCUGUCCAAAUGCUGAAAAUCAGCUCAUCGCCCUCAACGUCGACGGUCCACCCAGCCUCGUCUUUGUCAUUGACACCGAUAAACUCCUCACUACCGGCCGAAGCGGCGUACAUAUUGAGGGUCAGGCCCGCGUAUUAUCCUGGGAUGAAUGGGGUCCAAAUUGUUCGCGAUGCAUAAUGGACCCCAUCCCUAACAGCCUUUACGUCGUGCGAUUAGAAGUCGCAGGUUAUAGAGCAGUCCACGCCACCCCGGACGACAUCAACUGCACAUCCUAUAGCCUGCAUAUGUACGACUUCAACAAGUAUCGCAUAUCGCGUGCCGCAGCUUCCAAGGACUUUCGCGGCCGCAUUGUCACAGGGCCAUCGGCAGUCAAACACGAUCGACUCAACAAAGACAUUGUAACAAGCCUUCCUUACAUGGUCGUUAUAGACGAGAGACACAUCGAGACGCCUUCGAACAUGAUAGAUGUUACUUUCGAUGACGAGCGCAUCUUGAUCAUCAAGGCUUGUAAAUCACCUCUAUUUGAGUAUGCGACGCUGAGAUACUACACAGAGCUCGGAUCGGGAUGA